CACAACCCUGCACGCAUUACAUCCACAAUGCUUCAUCACCAACAGCCAGAACUUGGCAACACCUUCACCUUCACCAAUCCAAUCUACAAAGAAAAUACUUCCACCGACGACAAAUUCAACGACGGUCGAGCUCAGGCAAUUGCCAUGUAUCGGCAAGAGAUGCUCGAUUUAAUCCGAGCCAUGCCCGAAACAAACUAUGAACUCUCUUUAAGAGAUAUGGUCGAGUCAACGAGGAUUACUGAACCACUGAAGGAGACCGCAGAGGAGGAUGUAUCCGAGUCUGCGAGGAUUGCAGAAUUACUGCAAGAGAGUCCAGAGGAGGAUAAAUUGGAAGAAGGCAAAAAUGAAUGUAAAAGAAAGAAAGAAAAGAAGAAGAAAGAAAAGAACAGGGAGAAUAGAGGGUUCAUGUUGAAGAUGUUUAUGCCUAGAAUUCCUACAAUUUUGAAGCGUAAGAAGAGCAAUGGAAGCUCGGGAACUUGUUCAAAGGUUUUGCCGGAGAAGAGCGAAUCCGAGAAGAGUGCAGAGAGUAGGGGAAGCAGUAGAUCAAGCAAUGGCAGUGGAAGAAGAAGAAGCAGAAGCAGGAAAAUGAGGGGUUGUUAUUUUGUCUUCGACAAACGGGAAAGUAAAUCUACAGGGAGCUGCCAAACAUAAUGAAGAAUAGUGUGUAUGGUUCUUGUUAUGAUCAGGGAUUCAUUAACAAGUGUUUAUUCGGUAGUAUUUAUUUAAAUUGAAAUACAUAAAAUGAACA